AUGUGCUCACCAGAAUGGAGGUCAUGCCAACGAUUUGAGGUUGACAUACCAGAGAAUGUGCUGCAAAAUUUGUCAACUCUCCUACGACUUUCACGGUUGCCUGAAGAGUCAUUUGAGAAUCUUCAACUUGAUCGUCGCUACGGUAUAACGCUUCCUUGGAUGAAGAAUGCCAAAGAUAUUUGGGAAACACAUUUUGAUUGGCGUAAGCAUGAGAGAUGCAUCAAUCGCUUUCCCCAGUAUAUUACGAGAGUGGUCGACGAUGACGGCCGUGAAUAUGAUAUUCACUUCGCCGCAUUGUUUUCAGACCAGAAGAAAGCAAUACCGAUUCUUCUAUUACACGGCUGGCCCGGAAGCUUUUUGGAGUUUUUGCCGAUGCUGGACAUGGUUAACAGGCGACUACCACGAUCCGAAUCGCCCUAUCACCUAAUCGCGCCGUCGCUUGUUGGAUAUGCAUUCUCUUCCAAGCCUCCACUGAAUAAAGAUUCUAGAAUCGAAAAUGGUGCUCGUAUCCUCGAUAGAUUCAUGGAUAACCUGGGCUUCGGUACCGGGUAUGUCGUACAUGGCGGGGAUUUAGGAAGCGAUACAGCUAGAGUCAUGGGUGCGACACACGCGAGUUGUAAAGGUGAGUCCAGGAAGGCGGUUCACAUCAAUUUCUGUUACAUGCCCGAACCGUCAAUGCAGAAGCCACUGGAAGUUGACGACCUUGACCGAGUGGGCAUCGAAAGAUCCCGUAAUUUUGAGAGUGUGGGCAAUGCAUAUGCGAAGGAGCAUGCAACCCGACCGAGUACAGUUGGCAUUGCGGUUUCCUCUAACCCACUGAGUCUUUUAGCUUGGAUUGGUGAAAAGUACCUUGAGUGGUCUGAUGAAGACCCCGACCUUGACACGAUCUUACAAACGGCCACGUUAUAUUGGGCCACGGAAACGCUGCCCUCUUCUUUAUAUCAUUAUCGGCAGCUCUUUGAACCCGGUUCCUUUGGCUCGCACGCAAACCCAGAGUGGUAUAUUGGCAAACCUCUUGGUUUCUCCAGUUUUUUGCAUGAGAUUGCUCCUACGCCGGCUAGUUGGGUACGUACAACUGGCAAUCUAAUAUUUUAUCGCAGACACGAAAAGGGCGGCCACUUCGCCGCAAUUGAGCAGCCGGAGGUGUUGUGGGACGACAUCGCUGCAUUUGUGCAGCAAUUGUCCGAACGGACCACGAAAGUCAACAUCUCUGUGCCAGGCGAGGAGAUCGACUACUUCAUCGUCUACGAUUUCCCUACAUUCUACAUAGAACCUACAGGACUUUUCUUCAUCUCUAUCUUAGAAUGA